UUGGCAAUCUGAUAAGAUGGGAACAAAACCUGUUCUUGUAGUCCAUGGUGGAGCUUGGGCAAUACCAGAUGAUUUUGCUGAACGAAGCAUUCUGGGAAUGAAAAAUGCAGUGAAGAGUGGCUUUGCACUACUAGAAAGAGGAGGAAGUUCAGUGAAGGCUGUAGAAAUUGCAGUGAAAGCCUUAGAAAAUGAUACCGUGUUUGAUGCAGGUCAUGGUGCUGUACUGAAUGCUGAUGGUUAUGUGGAACUUGAUGCAAUCAUCAUGAAUGGAAAAACUCUCGCUGCUGGCGCAGUCUCCUGCAUCAGGAACAUUUCUAAUCCAGUGACAUUUGCUUGUUCAGUCUUGGAAAAGACACCUCAUGUGAUGCUUACUGGAAGAGGUGCUAACCAGUUUGCUGAGAAGCUGGGCAUACCUAAAGUGCCUGUGGAAGACUUAGUAACAGAACAUGCCAAAGCUGAAUGGGAGCAAUAUCGCAAAUACAAGCAGACAGUCAAAUCACUUUUUAACACAGAACUGGUUCAUGACACAGUGGGUGCAGUUGCUAUAGACUGUGAAGGUAACCUGGCUUGUGCAACAUCAACUGGAGGCAUCACAAACAAAAUGGUUGGACGAGUUGGUGACACCCCUAUCAUAGGUUCAGGUGGCUAUGCUGACAACCUUGUUGGUGCUGUCUCUGCAACUGGUCAUGGAGAGUCCAUCAUGAAAGUCACUCUUGCAAGGCUUAUUCUCUUUCAUAUGGAACAAGGUAAAACUCCAGAGGAAGCUGCAGAUUCUGCUCUUCACUAUAUGGAGAAGAGAGUCCAUGGACGGGGUGGAGUUAUAGUUAUCAGCAAAACCGGAGAAUGGACCGCACGAUUCACCACCAAGCGGAUGGCAUGGGCAGGAAUAAAGGAAGGCAUAUUAACAUAUGGCCUAAAUCCAGGAGAAACCAUUCAAGAAAUACUUAAACCCCUCAAAUAAACUUUUUUUAUAGAGGGCACUUUCACACUGAUGUUAAUAGUUUGUGCUACAUGAUUUUUUUUUAAGGAAUAUAUAGCUGGCAUCUUGGGAGUACUUAUUCAUCAAAAUUAAUAAAACAUGACUUUAUUGCCUUUAAUAAAGAUAGGUUUCCAAAAGUAUUGUAUUUAGCUAUUUCAGAACUUUGAAAAUAUGCUGAAGGGAAGUGAUGUUUCAUGCAAAAUUUAUUAUCAACUGCAGUGAACAAACAAAAAAUAUCUGUAUGGUACUGCUAUGUUUCAAUCACAACAUCUAUAUCUUAACCCUGGUCUACACCAGGGGUCUCCAAACUUUUCAGCCCGAGGGCCGCAUUAACUAUCAAACAGCAGUUCGGGGGCCGACUACACA